GUUAACGGAGGAAACUUCUAUAUUCCUUUGAAGUCAAACAAAUGUUAUAAUAAAAAUAUAUUGUACAUAAUGUAAAACCAUCAAUAUGAUUAGAAGUGUUAGCGUACAUCAUUUAAGGACAAUUAAUGGGACGGAGGCCACAUCUGCGCCGGAGCAUGCCAGUCAUAUAAAUAGCAUUGCUAGUGCUAAAAAUAUAAAUGUGCAUUAUAGAGGACAAAGGCUAUGGGAGGGGCGACUGGGAAAUAUCACGCGUAGUAUUAUGAAGGGACCGUGGAAUAUUUGGUGGCAGAGUUUCACAGUAUUGAUGAUAAUCUACAAAUACGUUGUACACUUAUUAAUAGCUUAUUACUUGGAAGACUCUAACGCUUUCUUAGACGCAACUGUGAUCCUUGGCGAGGUGUUUUUCUCAUUGGACGUCUUAUUGCACCUGUUGCAUGCAUUCUGGCCUAUCGUGCGACUGCAUAUGAGAGUGUAUAGACGAAACUACAUAAUGUUGUUCUUAGACGUCAUCAGUCUAUUUCCUUUGGGAAUAAUUUUCAGACACAAACAACGUUACAAGACUUGGUUACUUAUGGGGCGAUGUUUUGCCAUUGGACGCAUUUACAGAUUAAUCGGAUUUUUUCGGAGCCUAAAUGAAACGAUGAGAAGUACUCGCAAGAAAAUGUAUGUACUGGAACAUUUACUACUGGUACUCUUGAUGUUACAUGGUGCAACAUGUCUAUGGUACUGGUUCCACAGACCAGCGCUUAGUAAUCGAGAUUGGCACUUUUUGGGCUUCAAGAUUCCUAGCAGGAGUAUCAAAUUUGACAACUACAUGGCAUGCUGGUACUACUGCGCCUGUCGCUUUUUCAACACAAUAUUUGGUGACAGUUUUCCUCUGAACUUUCAAGAGAAAUGGUUGACUUCCUUGUUGAUGAUAUUUGGAUUUGUUUGUAUGCGUUAUCGAUUUAUUGGAAGUUUCACUUGGGAGUUGGUAUUGGAAAAUCGGCGAUGGUCUGUUUUUGUAGAGCAGUAUCACCACAUGAUCCAAUACCUGAAGUUCCACGGAGUUCCAUCAGGGCUGGUCCAGCAAGCAAUGCUGUACAAGAAACAGCUGUGGAGGAUGAAGGACGGGAUUCUGACAACCCAUCAUUUGAAAGAAUUGCCUGUGCCGAUUCAGAUGGAACUCAUCUUUGACAUAAACGUCGCCCAUUUUCACGACUCCUACCUCUUGGGGGAUGCUGAGGAAUCUUUUAUGCGGCACAUAUCCCUGUUGAUGAGACAUGAGCUGUAUUUGGCUGGACAGUAUGUUUGGAACCAGGGCGUGGUGAAGAACGGAAUGCUGUUUAUCAAACGAGGAGUCUUGGAAAUGCUCUCAGAUGAGGACGAUGAAAGUCCGAUGAUAGCGUUUAAGGAAGGAACUGUACUGGGUGAAAUAAGUCUGUUUUAUUCAAUACCAUCAAAAGUUACCGUAAAAGCGGCUACAUACGUAGAAUUGCAGGUGUUACGAAGAACGGAUUUCAUGAGAACAAUGGCUGAAAAUCCUCAUAUGCUACAAAUCAUCCGCAGCAAAGUAGACUCGAGAAUAAAAAGCUCUAAGAUAAAACAGAAUGCAAUUAUAAAAUACGACCAAAAUGAUUCUCGGCUUAUUAGAACACGAUACAGACCGAUGAAGUUAUUUAAAAAUCAUUUAUCGGGAAUUGAAGAGGAGGAUCCAACGUUUGUAGAUGAUUCCCAUAUGUAUUACAAAGAUGAGAACAAUGUCAGUCAUCGGAAAUUUACUACUGAAUAUCUAAAUUUGUAUAAGAUUGCCAGCAAUGUUACCACGGUAGAAGAACCUCGAAUUUGUCUCCGUGCAACCUUCCCAUGGAUUUUGGAGCCAAAUACAGAUUUCACAAACAUGUUCGACUUAGCCCACUUCAUAAUGGUGUUGUAUGUUUGUAUAAUGUACCCGCAUUUGGCAGUCGUCUCAGUACAGUCUGAUUGGGAGAAAGUUGUGGGCGCAAUCGUGAUUGCUGGAUUGUUGCUCAACAUCUAUAUACAGCUCACUACUGCUAUUGUUGAAAAAAAUGUCAGAAAAGAAACAGUGAGAGAGAUAGCCGAGGAAAAAAUGGCUUCACUUGGCUUUUAUCUUGACGUUCUAUCAGUUUUUCCCAUGUACAUAUUUACCGACACACUGGACCCACAAGGUGAAUCGAUCGCUAAGCAAAUAGCCAUUUUGUUCCCGACGCUACAAGUAUGGCACAUUUGGAGUUAUUUUGCCAAAUGGCGUAGAAAUUUUCACAGCAAUGCAAAUUUCCUAUGCUGUGCAAAAUAUUGCAUCCUCUUUUUGAUAUUCUGCUAUUGGUCAGGAUGCAUUUUAUACCUUACCACCUGUCCUAAAAAUUUAUGUCGAGAGAACUCUUGGAUGUCCUUACUCAUUUUCUGGGAGACGAAAAUAUUUGUAACAAAUGAUGCCAAACAUGAGAGGCCAAUGACCUCCUCAAUUUUCUUCGGAGCAUCAGUGUUCACAGGUAGUGGAGCGUCUGAGAUUUCACCAGGAUCUGAGGAUUUGAUGCUGAUCGUAUUACUUUUAAAAUUGGGAGCUUAUUUGUCAUUCUUCUAUAUCGCUAAAAUUUGUUCAAUAUACGUUUUAUCAACGCAACGAAAGUUUAAGUUUAAGGAAUCUAUGAGGGAACUCUUUUACUUCCUCUCAGUGAAUCAUGUCAGUGUAAAAAUCAAGGCACGGGUGAAAAAGUUCUUUUGCGUUCAAUGGUAUUACAACAAUGCAGUUUCAAGUGAAGAAAUAUUCAAAGACAUGUCGAGUAAUAUCCAACAAGAAAUCUUGUCAUUGGAGAUGAUAGAAACUUUACUAUACUGCCCACUCUUCCAGGAUUGCAGUCGAGACUUCUUGCAAACUCUAGCCUCAAACUCUAGAACUAUAGUGUUACCGGACAAUGAGGUCGUACAACACGCAGCUGACAUCGGCCGUGACAUGUAUAUUUUGAAAAAGGGAUAUUGUAAUAAGUUGAAUAAUCUUGGGAAGGUUGAAUCGUCUCUUGGACCUGGCAGCAACGUAGGUCUUGUUGAAAUGUUGUACGGACUCCCCAAGGUAUUUACAGUGGUGACUACAACGAACUGCAUUUUACUUCAUAUAGAAUACACCGUUCUGGUGCAGUGCUGGAGCUCAUUCCCCGACAUUUCUGAUUCUUUACAACAGGUAAUAAAAGAUCCUGAAAUUCUUCAACAAGCAUCACGCUACGAAGAGGGCAAGCCUCUUAUGGGAAAGAUUGAUGCAAAGACGAAUAAAAUAGCGAAAGAAAUUAAAGAGAGCUUUGUAGUAAUAAGCGGAAGUAAAGAAAGGAUGCAAUACAAAGAAGUGUUUGAUAAAUUAGGAAUUAUGAGGUAUUUGCGAUACAUUUUCCUGCCUGGAUGCGUUACUCCACAUGGGUUCUUUUUGAAACUAUGGUGUUCAAUAAGAUUCAUAUUGGCAAUUUAUUACGUUAUCAUCAUACCCUAUAACAUCGCUACUAAACAAAGCAAACUGGACAGUAGCUACUCCUGGACGGACAUAGUAUUGUAUGUUGAUAUUAUAUUAAUGGCCUAUGUGGCAUACUAUGACGAGAGAUCGCUUUUGGUGACACAUCCCUUACUUACAAUGACGCGCUAUUUGAAGCACGCUUUCUUUUUGGACAUUCUAAGCGUUUUUCCUUUUGAAGAACUGUUCAGAGUCGUAAAUGACCACGCCGUCUCAACGGAUCUAUACAGGAUAAAUCGUAUUUUACUAGUAUUCAGAAUAACAGGUGCGUUCUCGUAUUGGGAGAACGAUAUAAUGCAAGUAAAUCAAGCAGUUGUCCUGCUAAAGUUUCUCCCGAUUGCUAUGACGUUGGUAAACUUUGCGACCGCUUUCAUCUUUAUGAACUCCUGCAAGCCACAGAUACUGCGCGAUUCCAGCUAUGUUAUGGUUAAUUGUAGGAGCGUUAUGGUGUUUAAUACUGCUGAAACAGAACUGAAGACUGCUGUGUCACAAUACUUUCAUAUUUUUUAUUGGGUGUUUCAAAUAUUUAUGGGUUGUGGAUGCACUCCAGUAAUUGUAUCAAACUCAACAGACGUAUGGUUGGCGACUGCAUUACAAAUAACUGGGAUACUUUAUUUUGCCUUUAUGUUCGGAUAUAUUUCCUCUACGCGUUCUGCGUCUUCACACGCAUUAUUAAGUCACAAUGAAAAAACCAGGGAUUUAGCGGACUUUUUGUAUGGAGAGAACGUCGACCUGACGCUUACGGUGAAAACUUUGAAAUACUUUGAGUAUGUAUGGAAAAGAACUCAUGGCAGCGACCCGCAGAAAAUAUGCCGAGGUCUAAACUCGGCGCUAAUGGAAGAUACGCUCGUUUUCAUGUACGAGAGGGCACUCCGCGAGGUGCCGUUGUUUGGCAAAGUGGAGCGCUCUUUCAUCAGGGUCAUUACGCAGCAUCUCCACGAGAUGUACUUCCUUAAAGGCGACACCGUUGUGCUGUGCAAGGACUUGCAGACUAAUAUUUAUAUCAUUUAUAGAGGCAAGGUAGACGUUUUGAGUUCAUACAAUGAAAUGAUAACAUGUAUGGGACCUGGUGGCAUGUUUGGUAAUUUCUCUGGACAACCAGUCUCAAUAUCUGGAGUAGCGAUAUACGCAAGCAGAAACUUAGAUUUGCUAGCACUGCCUUCCCAAACGUUUUUCAACCUCGUCAAAUACUAUCCAAAGAUUCAAGAACCGUUGAAGAAGGCAUUCGAAAUAUCUAAAGAUUACAUUUUGCCCAUAUCAAUGGACAACAUGGACGAGGAUUCCUCAGGUGACUCAGAUUUAGAUUUGAUGUCACAAGAUUCAGCGUUUGAUUCAAGAAGCGGUUCCAGUCGAUUUGGAUCAUUAGGAGGUCAUUAUACGAGUAGUACAUUAGCUACUGCUCAAUCAGCAAGCAAUAUGAGCCAAUCAAAAUCUGUGACGAGUGUUGUGUCUUAUCGGAGCUAUUUACAUGUUAAUAACAUAUUAAAACCGGGAUCUAGUUUGUAUCAGGCGUUUGGAUAUUUGACUUGCAUCAUGGCAACUGCGAAUUACGUCCUGGCUUUAUAUGAAUUGGUUACUUUGAACGAUUGCUAUAUAAUAUUCUGGGUCCAAUCAUUUUUUGAUAUAUAUUUUUAUAUCAACAUUUACAUAUCGAUGCAUCAGGGAUACCUUAAUAGACACGGCAACCUCAUAUUGGAUGCUCCUAAAUGCCGCGCCAGGUAUUACAGACAUAAACUGUGGGUAUGGACCGAUCUGCUUUGUAAUUUCCCAUUUGAACUGUUUGGGUUCUGCUUUCCGAAACCAUUAACAGCGGUGCAUUAUUUCCGAGCAAACAAAUUGCUCAGACUAAAGUACUUGGUACAGUUCUAUCGCAAGACCUCAGCUGAGCUUACAAAUAAUUUAACAACGCUGCAGUCUGCAAUGACCAUCUUAAUUGUCGUCCUGCUGUUACAUACUUUUACUUGCAUUUGGCUUUUGACACUACUAGCUUUAUCGCCUUACAAUAUUAUUAGGACGCUGAAAAUGCACUUGAUAGACGAUGACUUGCCUCUACGACUAUGGGAUUACACCAGCUCUUUUUAUGUAGUAGUUGCAGUCCUGACUUCUACGGGUGGUGACGAAUUCCUAGUGGACGAUAUACCUUCUAAGAUCAUCUUGGCUAUAUGCCUCAUUUGUGGGAAAAUGUUGGCAGCCACUGUAAUAGCUACAUCCAUGCAAGUCGCAUAUUCAGCUAGAUACGCUUUGAACACGUAUGAAAAAGCUACAUGGGAGCUCAUUGAUGUUUUGAAAAAUCAGGGUCUGUCAAGUUACCAACUAAUGAAAUUUUGGAAUUACGUUCAAAUGCUGUGGGUUACUGAAAGAGGCCGUCAGUUACCAGCUUUGCUCCCUCAAACGCCGUACGUGCUCCGCUGUGACCUGAUGUCGGCCAUGUUUGGCCAACAUUUGCGCAAUUGUUUUAUUUUCGCGGAAACCGGCGAGCCUUUCCUACGUCAGCUUAGCGCGUUGCUGGAUUACUCCAUCUAUUUUCCAGGAAAUUACAUAAUAGUAGCUGGUGAUAGUGAAACUCGCAUGCAUUGGGUGGCAUCGGGUAGUGUCGCGGUGGUAUCAGUGCGACCCGAUCUUACAGAGACUACACAUGAGCUGCUGGGACCUGGUGAUGUGUUCGGUAUCAUGCAGGGGUUAAACCGUGGAGUCCCUCAUUGCUUCUCUUACCGAGCCGAAAAUAAGGUGGGCAUCCUCACACUGAGCUUAGAUUCUUGGAUCAACAUCUUGCCAUACUUUCCAGAAGCAGGGAAACUCAUUUCGGAAAGAUCGGAAAUUCUGUUCACACAAAUAUGAAGAUAAAAUUGAGUAUCACUAUUUAUCAUUAAAUCAUACCUAUAGAUUAACUAGUAUUUUAUUAUAAUUUUAUUGUUUGCA